UCUAAAAUAUUUAAAAAAAAAGCUAAAUCUCGAUUUCUAUCCUAGACUGCGGCCAGCAGGAGACCCAGCAUUAAGUGAAAGCCACAUCCACAAAAAACCCAUUGAACCAUGUCGCAAGCAGCCAUUCCGGAUCUCACCUACACUCCGGGCGAUCUGACGGAGCCCCAAUUCCGGCUGCCCACGCAUCAGGAGCUGUUGGAUCUAAACCGGAACCCAGUGGAGCCGGUGCCUCUGAGUCGCCUCACCUUGGACACCAGGGAAACGCAACCCAUCAAGUACCGGGAACAGCUUGGAUCGGCGGCAGGACGACAGUUUCCUGCCUUGGCAGCGGCCCAAAAUCGCUACUCGGAUCAUUUGGAACGGAGCAGCGAACUUAGCCUGACAGGAUUCGAUCCCGGCAAGGAUCUCAUCUCACUGCCCACAGUGGCAGCAACGCCGCCCGGCCGCGGCUACGACCCCGAUCCGGAUCUGAUCAAGAAGAUGCCGCUGCACUCGAUCACGGAGAAGCCCAACGAGCGGUGUCCGUCGCCGGUGGUGCCGGCCUAUGCCAACUUCGAGCUGGCCAAGCGGAUGCAUCAGGACAACUUGGACCAUCAGCCGCUGCCGGACUGCGUGGCGGAUCUGGCCUUCCGGCGGGCGCAAAUCUCUGGCGGCCAUGCCGGCCUCUCGCUGGACAUUGAUCCCAUUGCCACCGGUGUGGGCGUGAAGACGCACAAUGCCGGUCCGACGCACUGCACCAAGAUGAAGGUGUUCCGCCCGAAGACCGGCGGUGGCAUAGUGCCCAAAGCCCUGGGCGGCGGUGAUCCCUUCCGUGGUGUUGGCUCAGCGCCGGCCAAGAAAAUGGGACCCAUGGAUCUGGCCAUUUGCUGGGACUUUAAGCCGGCGAAUCCAUCGGACGAACCGCGCCUGGCCCGGCACAUUGAUGGCUCCAAUGACUCCGCCGGUCCGGCGGUCUUCACCUGCGUGAAGACACCGCGCGAGGAGCAGUCCGCAGAUCUGGGUAGAUCUGCUGGCGUCUUCACCAGCACGCUGGGUGAGGCGGACUUCUUCGACAAGGACAUCCUGCGGCGGCGAACGGACUUUGGUGGCGCCCGACUGGACCGCGAGGAUCCCUGUGCCUGCGACUACUCGCCGCCGGCACGCCAAAGGGCUCGCAGUGUGUCCCGGGACUCGAGUGCCUCACAUUGCCGCCGGCCAGGAUUGGGCUCCGGAGGCGGUGGCGGUGGCGGUGGAGUGAGCUUCGGGAACUUGGCCGAGCUGCCCGGACGGGGAAUGCCCGAUCGCCUGGCCAAGCAGUACCAGUCGUCGCCUCUGCUGGGCGACAAGACCUACCAGGCGCUGCGGGAGAAGUACUUGGGUCCGGAUUCUGGGCAGGAUUGCCAACCGAUGGACUGCAGGCCCUCGGGCGGACCACCCUGCAAGCGGGACGUCCUGCUCCGACGUCCGGCCCGCCGUCUCUGCCACAAGGUAGGUCCCGCUCCGCGCUGCUGUCCCCCGGCCUUUGGCCAUGGUCAUGGGCAUGGACAUGGUCAUGGUCAUGGUCACUGCCUGACCAGCAAGGCAGCCUUUCGGGCCGGCGUGCCCAAGCAUAAUGCUUCCGGGGAUUUUGUGGGAGUGGAGUCACCCUGCGGCGGCGGCGGAGGCGGAGGCGGAGGAGCAAGGGUCCUGGUGGUGCCACGUCCCCGACAGCCAUAUUCCAAGAAGAACUACGAUAUCGAUACGCUGGUGCCGCCGUUCCAAAGCCAGGCCGGCGGAGCGGGCCAGGGCGGGUAUCCGGAACACUGGCGCCUGGCCAGUGUCUACCAGCAUGCCUACAAGCCAUUGGAUCAGCGGAGGCGACCACUUCUCCAAACUGUCUACAAGUAGUUAACCAUGACGCACCCAACCCAUGCACCAUAGAGGAGAAAUGCAUCCCGUUUUAGGGGGAAAUCCGUGAAUAUUAUACGCUCUUCUUUUGUAGAGUCACUCACAAUGUAAU